AUUCCUAUCCACUAUCCACUCUGAUAAGUUCUGGUCACCGUGAUUUCCUCUCUCUCUCUCUCUCUCUCUCUCUCAUAUGUGACAUCGUCUCUGUUGAUUUUCAACAAUGGCAUUUGUUUAAUUUGGAUCCUCAGUUAGAAACCCUUUUCGUCUUCUCUGUCCAUGGCUGCGGUGCUUGAAUCGGUUCCUUCUCCACACUCCUCACACCCUCGAACGGCGGUCUCAAGACGACGGAGACCGUUUGUUUGGACACAUACCGGAACAUCACCACUGCGGUUCUUGUCAGCUACCAGCCCGAACACUGCGAGCCGACGCCGUGGAAUCUUCUGCGAAGCUCAAAAUGUUCCUUCAAGAGCUUUUGCAGUUCCAAGGAGGAAUGUGAUGACUUUGAUGCUUUCAAGUUUUAUCUUCUCACAAGUUGGCUUUCAUGACAGUUCACUGGCUCAACCUUCUAUUGGCUUUAGGGAAUAUAUAGAUACUUUUGAUGGUUAUACGUUUAAGUAUCCUCAGAACUGGAUUCAAGUCCGAGGUGCUGGAGCAGACAUAUUUUUCAGGGACCCUUUUGUUCUGGAUGAGAAUAUUUCGGUGGAAGUUUCCUCUCCUUCAUCUUCCAAGUACAAAAGCGUCGAGGAUUUGGGUCCUCCUCAAAAAGCAGGAGAGAAAGUACUUAAACAGUAUUUGACAGAGUUUAUGUCAACUAGACUUGGCGUACGGCGUGAAUCAAACAUUCUUUCUACAUCAUCAAGAGUUGCAGAUGAUGGAAAGAUCUAUUAUCAAGUUGAGAUAAAUAUAAAGUCAUAUGCAAACAACAAUGAAUUAGCUGUUAUGCCACAGGAACGAAUAGUACGUUUGGAAUGGAACAGGCGUUACCUUUCAGUUCUUGGAGUUGAAAACAACCGACUGUAUGAACUGAGACUGCAAACACCUGAAAAUGUUUUCUUGGAGGAGGAAAACGAUCUGCGCCAGGUCAUGGAUUCCUUCAGAGUAGUUAAGGUGGCAGCUUGACCAUUUAAUUGCCAUGAGACAUCCCUACGCUCUGCAGGGGAGUUUUUGUUGCUGCUCAGCCCGGGUCUUGUGAAAACCAACAGCCCAACUGAAGCAGAGAGGGAAGCUGUUUUACAGGGUUUAGUGAUUUACUGCUGGCUAAUUCUCUUGCUUUGGAUCAGUUGAUCGUUGAAUCUAAUUGCCAAGAGUUGGCGAAUUGUCUCUGACUCAAAUUACAAUCCACCUUUGGAUUUUUUAUUCUCUGUUUGGGAAGUUGUGAAACGUGCUGUUCUUUUGGAUGUCUUUUAUAUUUGCAAACCGCUGUUGUAAUAGGGCUGCACCUGUGGUUGCUCAGAUGAGCUUCUUCUGUUAAAAGAGAUUUGUUGGUUGGGUUCUCCUCCUGUUUGGCUGGGUGUCUCAUAAUCGAGAUUGGGAAUCUUUUUUGUAUCCUGGUUCUAGGUAUGCUUUAGCUCAGUUUGUUAUAGUUUGUAUUGUUUGGGCCUUGAGCCUUUCUUUUCCUUUGAAUGAAAUCUUGGAAGACCGAUGCUGCUAA